CCGCCUCCUUUCUUCCAUGUUUACCUCAAAUCCCACCCAGCAGCGGAUGUUAUUGGAAAAGUGUGGACACGGACGUUAACGUAUGAUCCAAAAACCCUGGAAAAGUUCUUCGAGUUUCAUUAACAUAAGGAUACAAAAGAAACAGGCUGUGUGAGCGACGCUUCCUUCUUUGGCCCCCUUCCUGGGAACCAACAUGUCUAGUGACCCCCCUCCUCCUUACCCAGGGGGCCCCAGUGCCCCUCUUCUUGAGGAGAAAAAUGGGCAACCUCCAGUUUCUGCAGCCGGUGCUCCAGUAGUGACAGCACCUCCACAGAGUCACUCCCUGCCUCCAGAUUAUGGACCUCCACCAUAUGAAGCCAUACAGCCUGGCUAUGUUCCACCGCACGUCCCUGGUGAGAGUGGAAUGCCUAAGCCUAUGGCGGCAGUACCUAUGCCUAUGUCCCCUGGUGGUUACAACCCUCCCCCUGGGCAUUUUCCUCAUAUGAUGACAGAGCACUACGGUCCAGGGCCCAGUCACUUUGCUUCGGGUCACACGGCCACGGUCAUCAGCGCACCUGGUGCAGCCACCACCGUGACCAUUGUGCAGGGGGAGAUGUUUCAGUCAGCUCCAGUGCCUACCGUGUGUCCACACUGCCAGCAGCCCAUCGUCACCCGCAUCAGCCAUGACAUCGGCCUCAUGAACACCCUUUUUUGUUUGUUCUGCUUCUUUGUCGGUUGUGAUCUCGGCUGUUGCUUGAUCCCCUGUUUGAUUGAUGACCUGAAGGAUGUGACGCAUACUUGCCCAAACUGCAAGGGUUAUAUUUACACAUACAAGCGCAUAUGCUAACAGUUAUAUGCUGAAAACAAUCGUGCUGUGACCUCAGUCUGGUGGGUGUUGACGACUCACUUUCUUUUCCCUCUGUUCGAACCCAUGUUUUUAGUCGCUUCUCACUUUAUAUUACUAACACAUCCUACACGUAAUGUACAGAAACUAUAAUGUGCUGUCUAGCAGGCAUUGAAGGAAGGCAUGAUAGAUAUUUAUAUGCAAAACUGUGUCAUUAAAGCACUAUUAGGAUUUUAAUUCUAAGUUCAGAGAUUAUGUGAAGUGGUAAAUUUGUAAUGCUCAUACGUGAAUAUUCAUGAGUAGCAAAACCGAAGUUCACUUCAGGUCAGUGUUGUUUAAUUGUAGCUGUACAAACUGUCAUUUUAUUCUUUAACAUAUUACUAGUUAGUUAUAAUAAUUUGAAACUAUUAUUUAAUGUAAUUGUCUUUAUGUGUAAAAAUAAGUUUCUUACGUAAAUUCUCUAAUCUUAUGCAAAUGUAAUAGGGAUUUUCCCGUAACUUUUGUUGGUAUUUGUUUUCCCUCUCCAUUUGAAGUGCUUAUCGGUGUAACAUGCAUUAUUAUACAUCAGUGUUAUUUAUGUUACUAAGGGAUAUGUAUGUACAUCUCAAUCUCCUUGUAGUAAUAGGAUAUUGAUAUAGAUUUCACUAGUGCAUUUAGUGUAUUAAUGCCAUGUUAUUCAUUUACAUAUACUGUAUGUGAAAUGUGACACAUUUAUGUUCAAACUGUGAAUCAAAGCUGUUUUCUGUAAGUUACGUCCAUUUUACAGAUGAGUUUGACUGAUAUAAUGUUGAUGUGUAAAUAAUCAAAGCAUCUCUAUGUAGUGUUAAUUUUGGUCAGGAACGUUGAUGAGCAGGUUUUGUUUAUUUCCUUGAACACAGUAAAGUUGUUUUCUCUAAAGAGGGAGAGAUUUUUGGUACCGGUUAUAAACGUUUCUUACUGUUGGAAUUCACCAGCAUGAUAAAGGCCAAUGCAUGACAUCACUGUAAUCUUUCACAGUGCACUAUAUGUCGCUUUAUUGCUCUGAGCUCAACACGUCACGCUCUGCUGUUUGCUACAUUGAGCUUCAGUACUCAAAGCGGAUUAACUGUUCACGUAAUGCUGUGUGCAACAGGGAUUUAGAGAUGAUUGUCUCUAAAUGUUUUUUUUUUUUUUUUGCAUUUACCGUUGUCAUUUCUACUAAUUCCGAGCUAUGGGGAAAUGCAUUUUACAAAAAUGUCUGAAUUAUCCAAAAGUACAUUACUAAUUGGGGCAAUCAGUACUUGGGACAGAGUAACUGUUUGCAAAAUACCAAUUAUAAACACAAAUUAAUGUCUGGUCUGAAAUAUGUGGUACUACGAUUCAAAAGUGCUUGGACACUAUAUAUAUAUAUAUGAAUAUUGCAUUACUGAAUGUUAAUCGUUAAUUGCUUUCUAUUGGACAAUCUGACUACAGUUAUUAAGGCCAUCAGAUGUUUCCUGUAGUAUUAACCAUGAAGAAAUAAAUGUAAUCCUCUCUCUCUC